UUCGAAUAAAACUGAAUAGUAAGACGUGUUUUAGGCCAUGAAAGUGGGUACUGUAGAUAAAUAUUUAAGCAAACUUAAAUAUAUUCAUUGCCCUGCGCCUGGGGUGGAGUAGGCUGACGCGCCGCUGUGCCGCAGACAGCACAGUGAGCACACCACACACCGCAGCAGUGUCUCGCCAUGUCUGAGGUGGAGAAGGCUGCUGCUGCCUCGCCUGGCGGGGACACUAUUUUUGGCAAGAUCUUAAGGAAGGAAAUACCUGCUAAAUUCAUCUACGAGGACGAACAGUGUGUGGCGUUCCAUGAUGUGUCCCCGCAGGCGCCCACACACUUCCUGGUGAUUCCCCGCAAACCACUGCCCACACUCUCUGAUGCUGGGGACGAAGAUGAGCAGCUGCUGGGUCACCUAAUGCUGGUGGCACGCAAGGUAGCCAAGGAGCAAGGCCUGGACAAAGGAUUCAGGCUGGUGGUGAACAAUGGGCAGGAAGGAGCUCAGAGUGUGUACCACCUUCACCUUCAUGUCCUCGGUGGCCGGCAGAUGCAAUGGCCACCAGGUUAAGAUGUUGGGUUUGACGUGUGUGUGUGAAUGUGUGUGUAAGUGUGUGUUGUUAGCUCUUCUGUAGAAAUUGUGUGUGUGUGUGUAUACAUAGUGGUGUUCUGCUGUUGCUAUAUAUAUACACAUGCAUGUUAUGUAUAAGCACACACUCAUAAUCUUUCUAAAGUAUGUGUGUUUGCUUACUGAUGCUAUUGUUUGUUAUGCCAUCAUGCACACACACACACACACACACACACACACACACACACACACACACACACACACACACACACACACACACACACACACACACACAUUUAUGGAAAGAAGGUUAAAUGACUGAUGAAUUAUGUAAAAAUGUUUCUUUGCUUUACCAACCAUGAAGAAAAUAAAAUUAAAAAGAGAAAACACCAAGAUUGAUUGUCCAAGAGAUUUAUGAGAAGAUAAAGAAAAUAAUGUAAGAAUAAUAUUGAUCCUCUCUGUUAAGUUAAAGCUUAUGUAGAGAUAAAUAGAGGAAGAAAACUCAAAUUAAUAAAAAAAAAAAGCUGAAAGAUUAUUUAUCCAAGACUAAUGUUUAUAUUUUAUUUCAGUCUUAGGAAUCAAUGAAGGAAACUGAAAUGUAAUGUGAAUAUUUGUGUAAAAAUACUUCUUGUCGUAAAAGUAAAGAAUUAAAUAGCAUUAUGAAGAGAGACAGUGAGAUAAUUAUGCAAGGGUGAUGGUUAUUUAUCUUGUCAUAGAAGUUAAUGAAGAAAAAUAAAAUGUAAUGUGAGUAUAUAUGUUAAAAAAAUGCUUAUUGUCAUGAAAGUAAAGAAUUAAGUAGCCUUAUGAAGAAAAGUGGCAAGAUUAAUGUAAGAGAGAUGGUUAUUAAUUUGUCAUUGAAGUUAAUGAAGGAAACUGAAAUGUAAUGUGAAUAUUUGUUAAAAAAUACUUCUUAUCAUAAAAGUAAAGAAUUGAAUAGCAUUAUGAAGAGAAGCAGUAAGGUGGUUAUGAAAGAGUGAUGGUUAUUAAUCUUAUUGAGGUUAAUGAAAAAUGAAAUAUAAAAGAACACAAAUGUAAAGCAAAUAUUUGAGGCGAUAUCAAGUCAAAAUGUCAAGAAAUGCCAGAGAAGAGUGAUUUUUAAAACUUCCUGGUUUGCUUAAUGAUUACUGAAUGAAAAGAAUUAAUUGAAGUGAAACAGUUUGCUCUUAAUUUCUUAAUGUGCCUUUUGUGUCACUGAAUAAACUUGACAUUAAUA